AUGGCAACCACUUUGGAAGUAGGCCAGCCCUCUCGCUGCCCUUGUCCUGCCAUGAGUCUCGCGCCCUCGAAUCUGCGCAAAAAUCCGUCGAGACGACGAGCUGGUUCGCAUCUACCACCCCAGGACGGCCACCAUGCUGCUCUCACAGCUAUCAGGUCCUUUCUCAAGGGCCGCACCUGCUAUGAUGCCUUUCCAAUCAGCUUCAGGCUCAUCGUCCUCGACACCAAGCUUAAUGUUAAGCGGGCGCUACAAUGUCUUAUUCUAAACAGUGUUGUGUCUGCUCCGCUUUGGAAUAGCGAAACUUCCAAGUUCGCCGGCAUGCUCACAGUCCUCGACAUCAUUCAUCUCAUCCAGCACUACUACAACGUCACAACGAUGACGUAUGAAGCAGCUGCCCUGGAUGUCGAAGGCCUCGUCCUCGAAGAUCUUAGAGGUUUUCAAUUUCUUUCAUCGCGCCACUCAUCUAAGAUUCCCGUUCCAGGAAUCGAGACUCAGCUUGGCGUCGCGCAGCCCCCUCUUUUAUCGGAACAUCCAUCUAGCACUUUAUACCAGGCCGCAAAAGUUCUCAUUCAGACCCACGCCCGCCGCCUUCCCCUUCUUGAUGUCGACACAGAGACCGACCAGGAAGUCAUUGUCUCAACUUUAACAACAUAUCGUCUCCUCAAAUUUAUAUCGAUCAAUUGUACUAAAGAAAUUCAACAACUCCACUUACCGCUGCGUAAGCUCAAGAUCGGCACAUAUGUAGCACCUCCCGCCCCAGGCCAAAAACCUUAUUAUCCGAUCGCGACUGCUGGCCUCUCGACUACUGUUUUCGAUGUCGUCCACCAAUUUUCUGCUUUGUCUAUUUCUGCCGUGCCCAUCAUUGAUGAUGAUGGUAUUGUGGUUAACCUUUACGAGACGGUUGAUGUCAUUACCCUUGUACGCCUGGGUGCGUACCACACACUUGACCUCACCAUCUGUCAAGCGCUGAACCAGCGCUCUCCCGAUUUCCCUGGCGUCGUGAUUUGUAAUGCGUCGGAUUCUCUUGGUACUCUCCUACAGCUUAUAAAGAAGCGGAGGGUCCACCGUUUGGUGGUAGUGGAGGGAGAGGAGGAGGAACGAAAGGGUGGAAAGAAAGGUCGACUAUUAGGCAUAAUUACUCUCAGCGACGUUCUCCGAUACGUUAUCGGUGCAGCCAGCAUAGGCGAAGGAUACGAUCCCAGUCAAAGGACGAGGUCUGAGGAUACGCUGAAUCCUCCGUCCCCAUCCCAAACACGGUGCUGA